GCCCGCCCAAGGCGAUGUUUCUCGGGGCCUGCAGGGCGCGGCAGGAAAGAUAAUCCGACCUCAGUGAAAGCGUGCACGCUCGGGGCCUUGGGCUGACGAGCGGAUGAUGGAUGACCGUUCUACAUAACCGCGCCCAUUUGCAAAGCUGGCGCUGUCGGUCCUUGUCCGCGACUACCAUCCGCACGCCUUCCUCCCGCGCGCCGCUAGCGCAGCCUUAUUCGACGCGACAAGCGCACGCCAGGGGCACCGAGAACGCGCUUGACCAGAUCCAGAGAUCUUCUGUGCUGCACUCAAAACGUUUCGACGCCCCCCGACACGCGCCGCCCGAGGGAUUCGACAGCAACGGUGCAGAUCACACUGACACCAGCGAUCUUCCCUGUCCCGGCCGAUCCCCUCGCUCGUGCACCUGUCCUGAGCUUACGCGAAGUAAACCCAGCGCGUUUCAGCAGCCCGAAUCCCGCCAAACGCAGGCUUAUUUCCGCUGCAAGUAAGCCAAUUGCCGCUCCAGGGCGCCUAAUCGACGUCUGGGAAAGCCUGUCAUCUGGGAAAGCCUGUCAUCGACGUUGUUUGGGAGAGUCUCCCAUCAGUGUCCCUGUUCUAAGCUCUAAACGCCGGCCUUCAUAACGCCUCCUCGCGAC